AUGUGUUGCCCACAAGAACAAAAUCUGUCCCAGAUGGUCAGAGACUUCAUUGAAUCGGAGUCACCCACCAUUUUCCGUUCUUCUUCUGAAUCUCUCCAAGUUCAUCAUGAAUCCGCAUCUCUCUCUUUACAGGAGAUCCUUGAGAAUGUCACAGAUGCUGAGAUUGAAGUUCUUGGGAAGGUCUUGCUCUACUUGGACGAUACGGAACCGAUGGAUCAGAAACCCGAAAAUCUAAGGAAAUGGGUUGGAUUAAAUUUGAAAAUUGACAGUUAUGAAGCUUCUCUCUGCAAAACCUCUUGGGUCACCACCUUUGGUCGUCGUGCAGGUCUCUCUCUCUCUAUUUCUCUCUAUUUGUGA